CCAAAAACCCCUCCAAACCCCGCCAACUCCUCUCCUUCCUUUUUUUUGUGUAGUACAACCCCACCAAAACCAUCUCGUACUCGUAGUCUAGUACAAAAUUCCUUAUUUCGUAAAUACCGCUAUCAAUAAACCUAUUUUCGUCCAUCCAAAUAUUUCUCUCUCUCCGUUUACUUAUAUUACGCACAAAUAUUUGCUGUCUUUCCCAAACACUUCCUCCUUUGUUUCUUUUGUAUAAUCUACCUUUCCUCCCUCCCUCCCUCCACCCACGGUUUUGAUUUUAUUUUACGUAAUUUUUUUUAAUUAAUUUUCUCCCACUUUCUCUCUCACUAAUGCAUUCAAUUCCAUUUGUCUACCUAUAGAUUAACCGAUUCUGGAACCAUAAUUUUGGAAUUUGUAGCAUAUUUUUGUUUUGGAAUUAUUGGGAAUUUUUGAUCGUUGAUGUCGAGGAUGGCGCCGGGUGGGAGGGACGUGCAGCUGACGCCGGCGAGAGGUUUUGCGGCGGAGGACGGGCGGGAGGAUGACGACGGAGUCGGCGAGGAAGUUAGGCUGCUGGAGGAAUAUCUGGAGGAAGUGCAAAUUAAUAGUUCCUCCAGUGUUCCGGGGAAUUUGAGGAGGAUUCAGGUGAGAGUGACCGGCAUGACGUGUGCUGCUUGUUCCAAUUCCGUCGAAGCUGCUUUGAUGGGAGUUGACGGUGUUGUUAAGGCUUCCGUUGCCCUACUCCAGAAUCGUGCUGAUGUUGUUUUUGAUCCUAGCUUGGUUCAGGAUGUAGAUGUAAAGAAUGCUAUCGAGGAUGCAGGAUUUGAGGCAGACAUUCUGGAGGAACCUACUACACCUAAAGCAAAGACGAAUAGGACAUUGGUAGGGCAAUUUACAAUUGGAGGAAUGACAUGUGCCGCCUGUGUUAAUUCUGUUGAAGGUAUUUUGAGAGGGCUUCCUGGUGUAAAAAGAGCUACGGUAGCUUUGGCUACUUCUCUAGGAGAGGUGGAAUAUGAUCCAUCAGUAAUCAGCAAGGAGGAGAUUGUCAAUGCAAUUGAGGAUGCUGGCUUUGAGGGAUCGUUUCUACAGAGCAAUGAACAGGAUAAAAUCGUACUUGGGGCUCUUGGGAUAUCAAGUGAUAUUGAUGCACAACAUCUAGAGGGAAUUUUAUGUGGUUUAAAGGGAGUCAGACAGUUCCGUCUUGACCGGAAGUUGAAAGAGUUGGAAGUUGUUUUUGAUCCGGAAGUCCUUGGCUGUAGAUCGUUGGUUGAUGGUCUUGAAGAAGGUAGCAGCGGGAAGUUUAAGUUGUUUGUCAAGAACCCCUACACGAGAAUGUCAUCCAAAGAUCUAGCUGAGUCAUCAAAGAUGCUUAGGCUUUUUUCUGCAAGCUUCUUUCUCAGUGUUCCUGUCAUUUUCAUGCGAGUUGUCUGUCCUCACAUACCUGUCUUGUAUUCUUUACUACUCCGGCGAUGUGGCCCCUUCCAAAUGGGUGAUUGGUUGAAAUGGGCAUUGGUAACUGUUGUUCAAUUUGUUAUUGGCAAGCGCUUUUAUGUUGCAGCUGGCAGAGCGCUUCGAAAUGGGUCAACAAACAUGGAUGUCUUGGUUGCACUUGGGACUUCAGCGUCAUACUUUUACUCUGUAUAUGCCCUACUCUACGGUGCACUCACUGGGUUUUGGUCCCCUACUUACUUUGAAACAAGUGCAAUGCUGAUAACCUUCGUGCUUUUAGGCAAGUACUUGGAAACUGUUGCAAAAGGAAAGACGUCUGAUGCUAUAAAGAAGCUGGUGGAGCUGGCACCCGCAACAGCAACCCUACUUCUUAAAGACCGAGAUGGAAAAGUUGUAGCAGAAAGACAAAUUGAUGCAUUGCUGAUUCAACCUGGUGAUGAACUAAAAGUGCUUCCUGGUGCAAAGAUUCCUGUAGAUGGUGUGGUUUCUUGGGGUUCUAGUUAUGUUAAUGAGAGUAUGAUUACGGGUGAAUCUGUUCCAGUUUCCAAAGAAGUGAGCUCAACAGUCAUUGGUGGCACAAUAAAUUUACAUGGAUCGCUCCAUGUAAAGGCCAUGAAAGUGGGUUCAAACACCGUCUUGAGCCAGAUUAUCACUCUGGUUGAGACUGCACAGAUGUCAAAAGCUCCCAUUCAGAAAUUUGCUGAUUAUAUUGCUAGUAUUUUUGUCCCUGCUGUUGUUUCUAUGGCAUUUCUGACAUUGUUGGGAUGGUAUUUUGCUGGGGUGUUUGGUGCCUUCCCUGCUGCGUGGUUACCGGAAAAUGGAAGUUUCUUUGUUUUUGCACUUAUGUUUUCCAUAUCGGUGGUGGUAAUAGCAUGCCCAUGUGCACUUGGUCUGGCAACUCCAACUGCUGUUAUGGUUUCAACGGGUGUUGGAGCUUCUAAUGGUGUGCUUAUAAAAGGAGGAGAUGCACUGGAGAGGGCGCAAAAGAUAAAGUAUGUGAUAUUUGAUAAGACAGGAACGUUAACCCAAGGAAAAGCCAAGGUUACUACUGCGAAAUUAUUUACGGGAAUGGACCGUGGAGAAUUCCUCACUUUCGUGGCUUCUGCAGAGGCAAGCAGUGAACACCCAUUGGGUAAGGCCAUUGUGGAAUAUGCUCGUCAUUUCCAUUUCUUCGAUGAGCAGUAUUCUACAAAGGAUGCCCAAGAUCAUGGAAUGGAUACGAAGUUCCCUGGAUGGCUUCUAGAUGUUUCAGAUUUUUCUGCUGUGCCUGGGAAAGGUGUAAAGUGCUUUAUAAAUGGAAAGCAGAUCCUGGUGGGAAACCGGAAGCUAAUGAUUGAAAGUGGGGUUGUCAUACCGACGCACGCAGAAACUUUUGUUGUGGAGUUAGAAGAAAGUGCUAUCACAGGCGUGCUUGUUGCUUAUGAUAAUAUUCUUGCUGGGGUACUUGGUGUAGCGGACCCAUUAAAGAGAGAAGCUGCUGUGGUCAUUGAGGGCCUAACCAAAAUGGGUGUCCAACCUGUUAUGGUUACUGGUGAUAACUGGAGAACAGCUAGGGCUGUUGCCAGGGAGGUUGGCAUCCAAGAUGUAAGGGCAGAGGUUAUGCCAGCUGGAAAAGCUGAUGUUGUCCAUUCAUUCCAGAAAAAUGGGUGUGUAGUUGCAAUGGUUGGCGAUGGAAUAAAUGACUCGCCUGCCCUGGCAGCUGCCGACGUUGGUAUGGCAAUUGGUGCAGGAACUGAUAUUGCGGUAGAGGCUGCUGACUUUGUUUUAAUGAGGAACAAUUUGGAGGAUGUCAUCACUGCAAUAGACCUCUCUAGGAAGACAUUUACCCGUAUUCGGUUGAAUUACAUCUUUGCCAUGGCUUACAAUGUGGUGGCUAUACCUGUUGCUGCCGGGGUUUUCUUUCCAUGGUUAAGAAUAGAGUUGCCACCCUGGCUAGCUGGUGCAUGUAUGGCCCUCUCCUCAGUAAGUGUUGUCUGUUCUUCCUUGCUUCUUAGGAGAUACAGAAAGCCAAGACUUACGACCAUACUGGAGAUAACUGUAGAGUAGAGAUCAGACUAGGAAGUGAAGUAAAGAUUCUUGCCUUGAUUAUUAGAUGAGGUCGCCAUUGUUGAUGAGGUGGUGUGGGAAUCUAGUCCCUGGUUCUUAUGAGAGGAUUCAGAAAAACCUCAUGACUCCCUGACAGUGUGUGGAGAUUAGGUUGGAAAAUAGGAUAACAGAAAGCAGGUAUGAAUGGCGUAAACAUCAAAAACUGAACGAUGAGGUGCACCUGCGAUACGGAGGUGCAAGCUCAACGCCUGUAAGGAAGAAUAGAUGAUGAGAAAGACCAAAUGAAGGGGAAAAAGCAAUAUGAAGGAAACUGAAUGCUCCUGCAUCGAACUCUUGAGGCUAAACCUGGUACAGAUUUUUGCUAGCUUCGCUAAUUUUUGUUUGUCUUUCAAGCUUGUCUUGCUUCGUUAUUUUUUUUUUCCUGGGUAGAGUUUAUUCCAUUGUCUGAUAUGUAAAUGCCGCAUGACAAACCAUGCUCCAUGCUCUUGAUUCCUUUUUCCCUUUUCCUCGUUUUCGUGUAAAAUUUUACUCCAUUUCAAGAAAUGAAAAACUCUACCUCCCCAUUGCUUGUAUAUUUGUUUGGGAGUUGGGAGUUUCUAAGGCUCUUUAUUGAUGCUGUGAGUGAAAACCCAAAUUGGACAAUAAUUAUAGGACGCUAAACUGGACAAUAAUUAUAGGACGGAAUGAGUAUAUAACUGGCCUAAAUACUACAAACUUGAGAUUAUUGAAAUUACGAGCUCGUCCAAGAUGUGUACGUCCAAGUAACCAUUACCUCAGCAGUAUUGAUGCAAGCAUCUGAAGGGGAUAUUCCAGAUAAUAAUCAGUAUAUAUCUUUGCACGUCGAGAUCCGCCCGAGUGUCAAUAUCUACUCAUAACAUUGUACAGUUAAAAAUAACACCUUUCUGCUGAUUCUCUCAUUCAAUUAAUAUUUCCUUCGCGUAGUUAUAAUAAGAAGUGUAUUAUAGUCAGUGAGUGAGUUCCAUGCAAUAUAGUUUUGUGCUAUUUUUUAUUUUUAAAUAGUAUUUAAUACUUGCUCCG